UUGUUUGAGGAAUCGAUGUUACACUACUACUUCUCAGCCAUUUUAAAAUCCUUUUGGCCCGGCGGUGUUCUGGCUUCCUCAUAUCCCGUGCGUUCCGAGGAUAUUAAAGAUAUGACACGCAAUGCUGCAAAGGAUUUGUUGAUGGACAAUAUACCUGAGGUGCUGUGCAAUUUAGUGGGCGCACAAACUGCUAAACACGGUGUGCUAAAGGUUUUCGAAGCCAUGCAGAAUCCCACGUACAAUAAGCAAUUAUUCUAUGAGCUGCUUGAAAUUCUUAUGACUGAAUUUUUCCCUGAAAUACGGCAGUUAAAGUUGCCUGGUGUGAAAUCUUCAGCCCAGCACUCGUCCGCAACCGCAACCGGCACUACACCAAAUCCCAAUCAUGCCGUCACAUCGCUGGUCACAACAACUACAACGACAGCAGCUGCUACGGCAGCAAGUGGUAGCAGUCAUAACAACAAUCAGCAAACAGCACACCAACAACAAUCAAAUGAAAAGCUGCAGCCAUUAAAAUUUCAACAGCAUCAUUUUGCAAGUAAUAAUGGUAAAUAGUUAGAUUGCUGUUGACCAGCUAGAAAUUUAGUAAGAGAGUAGUAAGAAAUCUUUACAACCGUAAAUUGUUACCCCAGCGGGCAUUACACAUGCAUAUGUAUUGUCUGAAUGACAGGUAACGACCAACGCCUUCGGAAAUUUAGUUGGUAAUGUUAAGAUGUGAUUUUUCGAAACGUUUUGUGCUAACUGCGCUAAAUUCAUUACAAUUUAUGGAUAUGUUUGUGUGUGCUAUUUAGUAUUAGUUAAGAGCGAAUAUUAUUAUGUUAAAAGUUUGCGUAAUACAAUUUCUGUGAAAUAUGACAAAGUUCUUUGCAAAGAUAUUAUUUGUAUUAAUUAAGUUUUAUUUUGAUUUUUAACCUUUAAAUUUUUGCUUUUAUUUUUUCAUUAAGUAUGCCUUUAUAUCUAACUAUGUACAAUUGCAUACAAACUAAUAUAACAAAUUUUUUAUACAACUACUAACCAGUAUUAGUUAAGAAUCUUUUGAUUUUCAAUUGGAAAAUGCUUUAAAAAAUAUACGAACAACACAAUGACAUUCCAAAGAUAUUUAUAUGUAGUAUAUCAAUAUUUGCAAAAUUUAAUAAAAAUAAAGUUAAUAUAACGCAAUGUAAAAGGUUAUAUGUAUGUAGUAAAAUUAAAUCGGUAUAAAUUUUGCAAAUACAACAAGUAGUAAUCCACAAAUUAUAACAAAAUCUAGCAAAAGGACAUUUACAUAGGUAUAUGAAAUAGUGUUAUUAAUAGUUAUAUAUGUAUGUUUGUAAGUGACUAAAUAAAAAAUUGCAUGAAUAAAAUGUGAUUUCAGGAAAUGUAUUUUACACUCAAAUAAACACACAACUACAAACAUUAAGGCAGUUUUUGAGAUAUUUAUAUAUGUGUAUGUAUGAAAGCCAGUUAUUGAAUGUAGCCACCUUCUCAAGAGAAAUCAACACGAAAUCAUCUAGGAAAACUGAAUAAAUACACAUACAUACAUCCCUAAAAUGUAACAAUUAAGUAUGUAUGUAGUUGCAAUAAACAACAUAAAUGUUCAAUAAGCUCAUUUCGUUUCUUAUUGUUAUUUUUGCAAUAUGCCACAAACACACCUACAUAAAGCAAUAAAUGAGAUAAAUAUGUGUGUGUAUCUACAUAUGGCUGUUUUUAUUUUUAUUUUUAUCAAAAUACAUACUGUAUAGUAUAUAGGUAUCUGUACACAUCUACAUGUUCAAAAGCAAACAAUAAAUAAUACGUAUGUAUAAAUGGUGCAUAUAUGUAUAUGUGUAAAACAUGCAACCCACAAUGUCACAUUCUAUGUAAAUAGGGAAUAAAAGCAUAAAAUUUAUGUAAACUUUUACCAAAA